AGAGGCCGCCAAAACUGUGUAUGAUGACGCUGCGCUGUCUGCGUCCAUUGCCUUGGGUUGCAUUGCGUGUCGUUUAUGCCCUUCUUUUGUCGUUUUCAUCCAUCACUAAUUCACAAUUCGCUUGUUCCCAUUCACCAAUUCAUCACCAAACAGAACAGAACCUUCAGACACAGAGAGAAAAUCGUGAUAUGGGUAGCGUUGUGAUUUGGUGGAGAAGGAAUAACAACACGACACUUGUGCCUUGAAAUUAGGAUUUCAUUUACCUUCUCUCUCUCUAAAAAUUAUACAUAUGGCAACGCCUUACAUGAUUCACGCGCGCUGUGCUUACUCCCCAAGAAUUUGCAAUCGCAACAACAAAUCCCCUUCGCAACAAGCUCCCUUAGCUUCUUCCUGUUCUUCUUCCUCCUCGGCUUCCAAUUCUCCUUUUUCUCUCUCUUCUGGUAUAAAUAUUGGACAGAGACACCAGGGCCUUAGUGCUCAUGCUAUGAGUACCGUCACUCAUGGAAAUUCUAUUUCUAGCAUAGGGAAUUUGAAGAACGACCCUGAUCAUCUCCUUGUUCUUGUCCAUGGUAUCUUGGCUAGCACAGCGGACUGGACUUAUGCAGAAACAGAGUUAAAAAGGCGUCUUGGAAAAAACUAUUUAAUUUACGUCAGUUCAUCAAAUACUUACACUAAGACAUUUACUGGGAUUGAUGGAGCUGGAAAGCGGUUAGCUGAUGAAGUAUUGCAAGUUGUUAAAAAGACAAGGAGCCUUAAAAGAAUCUCCUUUCUAUCCCAUUCUUUGGGAGGCUUGUUUGCUAGAUAUGCAAUUGCUGUUCUUUAUUCACCUGAUACCUACAGUAGAGAUCAACCAGGUGAUCUGGCAAACAACACGACAGAAAAUCUCCAGGAAAAAAAGUUUUCCAAAGGAGGCUUAAUAGCUGGGUUGGAGCCUAUCAAUUUUAUAACUUUAGCAACUCCUCAUCUUGGUGUAAGAGGAAAGAAGCAGCUCCCAUUUCUGUUGGGUGUCCCAAUCCUAGAAAAGCUAGCUGCUCCCAUAGCUCCUUUUUUUGUUGGUCAAACAGGUAGUCAGUUGUUCCUUACUGAUGGUAAACCUGACAAACCACCUCUUCUAUUGAGAAUGGCUUCUGAUUGUGAUGAUGGAAAGUUUCUGUCUGCACUUGGAACAUUUAGAUGUCGCAUCAUUUAUGCUAAUGUUUCAUAUGAUCAUAUGGUAGGGUGGCGCACUUCCUCUAUAAGGAGGGAAACUGAGCUCAGUAAGCCUCCUCGUCAAUCUUUAGAUGGAUACAAGCACGUAGUUGAUGUGGAAUAUUGUCCCCCAGUUCCUUCUGAUGGCUCUAAAUUUUCUCCAAAAGCAGUGCAAGCAAAGGAGGCUGCACAAAAUGCUCCCAAUACACAGAGUACUGUAGCAUAUCAUGAAAUUGUAGAAGAGGAGAUGAUUCGGGGAUUGCAGCUGUUGGGAUGGAAAAAAGUUGAUGUCAGCUUUCACUCGGCAUUCUGGCCUUUAUUUGCUCAUAACAACAUUCAUGUGAAAAACGAAUGGCUUCACAAUGCUGGUGUAGGAGUAAUUGCUCAUGUGGCUGACAGCUUAAAACAGCAAGAAGCAUCAUCAGUAUUGUCUGCUAGCUUGUGACUGCUGUACGUAAUCUCAGUUUUCCUGGGACACGUCUAACUUCACAAUACUAGCUGGAAAAAAUUCUUACUAUAGUAGUUAGUCAUCAACAUAAUUACAAUUUUUUUUACGCAUAUUUCAUAUAAAGAUACUGUAGUUGUUAACAGGAUUAUCGUGCAACUUAAUAGAAAAAUACAUUACCAUACCAA